AAAAAUUAAACAAAUAUUGAAUUCAACAUUAAAUAAAUGCAUUAAACAAUGCCAGGCGAAGAAACGAUCAAUUCCACACAAAACAAAACGCGGACAAAGACAACGCGCCCCAGAGCCGUUUACCUGUGGGCGGUAAGCGACGUUCUAAAAUGGUAUCGACGCCACUGUGGCGAAUACUCGCAAUACGACCAGCUAUUUGUCCAGCACGACAUCACUGGACGAGCACUGCUACGCAUCACAGACACUUCGCUGCAGCGCAUGGGCGUGACGGACAAUCGGGAUCGUGAGGCAAUUUGGCGCGAGAUUGUCAAGCAGCGCCUAAAAACAGAUAUAAUGGAGAUCCGCGACAUGGAGCGGCUCAACGUACGCUAGGGGAAAGGGAAACAGGAGCAGGAGCUGCAGCUGCAGCGGCAGCAGCUCGAAUCAGUUAUUAGUUCAAGCUUUAUUAUAAGACGUCUUACUGUUAGAGUAAACUACAUUUUAGAUC